AAGCAGCUUUUGGACUGAUUAUCGCUUGCUCAAAGCUGAAACAUGGAAAUCUCUACUCUCACUGUGUACCACUGCCUUGCUUUCGCCUGGUAUUUAUUUGUCAACUAUUCGGUCAAACACUUGAGAACAGAAAACCGGCCAUCUGGACUGUUCGUCUACGGCGGGAGGUGGAAAUAUUUGACAAUUCUCAAUCUGGUUUUGCAGACUGUCUUCUAUGGAGUGUCCUUCCUGGCUGAUGUAUUAAGACUAACUAAGAAACUGCGAAGUGCCAAGUGUGUAAUUUCCACCAGAGACCUUCUUUUCAGUGUCCUGGCUUUCCCAGUGUCCACAUUUGUGUUUCUAUCCUUUUGGGGACUGUACACCUACGACCGAGAGCUGGUUUACCCCGAAAGGGUUGAUGGAUUAAUUCCCCAUUGGUUAAAUCAUGCUAUGCACACAACUAUACUGCCUUUCGCUUUCCUGGAAAUCUUUGCCACGCCACAUCGUUAUCCAACAAAGAAGAAGGGACUGAUCCUAGUAGGAUUUGUCCAUUUGCUGUAUAUAAGUUGGAUCCUGUGGAUUUACUCGGUAACGGGAGAGUGGGUAUAUCCCGUCUUUGGGGUGUUCAGCCCCGUGGGCCUGGCAGCCUUUUUCGCUGGCUGCCUUGCUGUCACCGUCUGCUGCUACAGCUUUGGAGCGUUCCUCAACCGCAUGAUAUGGGGCGAUUCCAUAGCAAUCCUGGACUACAAGCGCAAAGGCAAGUGA